AUGAUGACGAGCAUCGCAAUCGCCAUAAUCUGUCUUCUUUACCUCCUCUACACCUUCGCAAUCCCCCAGCUCACUCGUUUCCGAUUCCGCUCCGACCUCAGCCCGUACGACCUGGGCAUACACGGCUUUGGACCAUCACGAAGCUACGUCUCGUUCGAGUAUGAGUCGCCUGAAGUCGAGAUAUUCGAAUGGGGUAGUGGCUGCGAUGAUCGAUUCACGUUUUUGGCCCCCCGUGGGGAUUCAAUCGCCCAUCCUGGUCCGAUGAUUCUCGAUGCGAAGGGUGAUUUAGUCUGGAUGAAAUGGAAUUGGGGUACGACGCAGAACUUUCAAGUGCAGAGGUACCGGGGGGAGGAUUAUCUCACGUAUUGGGAGGGAUCUACUGUUGAAGGGCGCAGUGAGGGGUUGUGGUAUAUGCUCGACUCAUCGUAUACACAACGAUAUGAGAUCUCCCCGAUCGGGUAUUCUGGAGGCGAUUUGCACGAAUUCCACAUCACCAAGGACGACACGGCCCUAGUGACGAUUUACGAUCCAGUCUUGACGGAUUUAUCCUCGGUCGGUGGAUCGGAAAGAGGCUGGAUUCACGAUGGUGUAUUCCAAGACAUUGACAUCGAGACGGGCGAGUUGCUCUUUGAAUGGCGUGCUUCAGACCAUUUCGCCAUCAAUGCCACCUAUGAACCACUAGGUGGAGAUGGCAAGGAACGCAGUACGGGUUUUGACUUUUUCCACAUUAACAGUGCUGAUAAAGAUGAGGAGGGGAAUUAUCUCAUCUCUUCUCGUCAUCUGCAUGCUGUCAUUCUCAUUGAUAGAGAAACAGGCAAUGUCACAUGGGUAUUAGGCGGCAAGUUAAACGAAUUUACCGAUCUAUCAGACGGCCAGGCAACGAAUUUCGCCUGGCAACACGAUGCCCGAUUGCAUGAAAACGGCAGUCUGACACUAUUCGACAAUUCCGUACAUUCACGCAAAGACCCUGAAAUAUCCAGUCGGGGAGUUUCCAUCCAGCUUGAUAUCUCUGCUCGUACGGCAGCGUUGAACACAGCAUACUAUCACCCCCAAGACAUGCGGGCCGUGUCACAGGGCAAUGUGCAGAUUCUCGAUACUGGAAAUGCCUUUGUCGGUUGGGGACACAGUGCUGCAUAUUCUGAAUUCACACCAGAUGGACAACCUGUCUGUGAUGUGCAUUAUGGCGCAUCAGCCUACUACUCCUUUGGUCGGGUACAAUCAUACCGCAUCUCCAAAGGCACCUGGGUUGGUAGACCGCACACCCUCCCCGAUGCAGUUGUCGUCGACGACCACAUCUAUGCGAGCUGGAAUGGCGCGACGGAAAUCGUAGCCUGGCAGUUGGAAGUAUGGGAUUUGCAGGAUAUCGACGGCAUGACAUUCAACGUCAUCGACACGGUUCCAAAAGGGGGCUUCGAAACAGCUAUUGAAAUCCCCGAGGACAUGGGUAGUCCUUAUUUCCGGGUUACAGCGCUCGAUACGCAUGGGGAGGCAUUGGGGAUUAGUGAAGUGCUCCAACGGGGGCAGAGAUUCAAUCUCGCAGACGUUCUGGUAUCGCAUUACUGGAUGUUGACUGCUGGGUUUGUCGCUAGUGGUGCUGGUGUGGCUUUAGGAGUCUGUCGGUGGUUCCGACAUCGUCGAGCAAAAUACCAUCUAGUGGCCUUGGAUGAAGAUGGACGGGUAUGA